CAAAAUAGAGUCAGCAACAAAACAUGUCCACCAUGUCAUCCUCAACAUUCACAAACUCCAAUGCCUCACUCCCACCUUCUCCAAUCUCUGCAUUCCUUUCAGGCUCUUCCCAAGUUCCAAUCUUUCACCCUACCCUUUUCCCCAAACCCCUCCACUGUCCCUACCCACUUUCCAUUUCAUCCAGAAAACCCAUGACCACCCCAGUUUUCUGCAAGUCCCCUGAAGCAGAAGAAGAGCUCUCACUCCCACCAGAAGAUGAGUGGCUUCAGAAGCUUCCAGAAAAGAACAAACCCCUCUAUUCACACAGCUUGCCUUGCAUUGAGGCAUGGCUGAAGAGCCUUGGGUUUUACCAGAGCAAGGAUGACAGGGCUGUGUGGCUUGUACACAAGCCUGAUUGGCAUGCUCAGCUAUCUUUGGAUGUCACUGAUCUCUACAUAAGGUAUUUGAAGAGUGGACCUGGGAAUCUUGAGAAAGAUGUGGAGAGGAGGUUUAGUUAUGCUUUGAGUAGAGAAGACAUUGAGAAUGCUGUACUUGGAGGACCAUAGUCAUUUUGCUUUCUAGCUGGCAAAUAUACAAUGGCUUUAUUCCUUGUUUGAAAUAGUUAAUCAAUUCAUAUUUUAAAUGUUUAUAACUUUCAUGUCAGAAUGCCGUUCUAAUGGAAGUACUAAAGAAAUGUUUUACAAUGGAAUGAGGUGUUGAUAAAACUAAAGAAUGAGAAUCUGUGUGAUGACUGUUGCUACUACUUUCUAGUAUUACCUGGAGGU